AUGCUGUCCUAUAUGAUGCCUGUUGAUGAGAAGCCGCCUCCGGUCCCAGGGAAAGGCCGCUUGGCUUUGGAACUGGUUGCGACCCCUGGAAGUCCCGAAUCCGCGGCCAGAAGAACAAGGACAAAUAUUUCGAAGGACUCGUCGACAAGUUCAUUUGCGAGCGAUUUAACUAUAUCUUCUUCUACGCCAACUGGAGCGCAUGACAAACCAAAGCAUAAGCUGCUCAGUAACGGCAGUAAACACACUUCACUAAAAAGGGUAUCUUUUGGGAGCUCGAAGGGAUCUAUGGUGGAAACACUUAUCUACGAAAGUCCACUGCAAGAGGAACCGGAAAGCAGCCCGCCGCCCAAGUUCCAAGAAACUGCAUUCCCGUAUACGCCCGUCGAAGACGAUUCGGAGCGUUCAAAGGUUCGUGUGUCUUUCUAUCAAGGGGCGCGGCCGCAGUGUCUGUCCCCACCGCCUGUUCAGUCUGACUCACACAUCCUCUACGCCGACUUGCUCUCUGCUGCUGCUAACGUCGACAUGGCGGAACACACCAUGUACAACAGACAGAUCAGUACUGAAAGUGGAUGGGAUAACCCAUUCCGUCCAGAUGGCGACCUAAGCCGUGAGGCAGAUGAGAUUGUCUCCUUGAUUAAAGGUGGCAAACCAAUCACUCCAACCAUCCCUAUUGUGAACCAGUCACCUAUUUGCGAUGAAAAGGAGGAAAAAGUUCAUGCAAACAAUGUAAAUGCUAGUCCUCCGGCACAAACCAAGGCAAGUCCAGUACAGCAGAACACUCCGAAGAGCAACGGCACAAAGAACGGUACAGCAGUGCCGGAAGUGAGGUCUGGGCAAGUAGAAGUGCAACGCUCGCCCCCUCAGGAGCCCCUACAACCGGAGCACGUGACUAUCAAGAAGAAGCAAAAGUGCAAGUGCUGCGUCAUCCAG